AGCUAGGUUUCUUCCUGGAGAUAUUGGUGAUCCACCGCUACUAGAUACGAAAGUCCGUUAGGUGAAAGCUUCUUCUAUCCCGUCCAAAACUAUACGAACCAUUUUAAAAUAUACAAAUCCACAAACCGACUAGAAUAAGUUUAGUCAAGCGGCUAGACUACCAACUUCUGCACAUUAUGAAAAACUUGAAACAGUGCCGAUAUAACAAAAAGUGGGCGUAAAGAAAUCAAUUGAUUCAUCCAACCUCGUUAAAAGAUAUUUGAUUACGGAUACUUAUUGAUACAACCAUUUGAACUAUUUGACUGGUACGUUACAUUUAGUUUUUGGCAAGUAGAAGUCUUAAUAUAGACAGAACUCACUUGAUUUCACUACAUAAAGUAAGGGUUAACAAUGAAGGUUGGAUGUAUUCAGGCAUAUGAUGCUUCUAUGCUUACCUAUGAUCAUAUCGAAGCCUCCAAUGUAAUACAGUUAGCUAAGGAACUUACAAAUAUAAAACUACCAACAGAUAUUGAAGUGGAAUGGCUGUUAAAAGCAAUUUGCUUAAUUGAUUUAACCACAUUAGCUGGGGAUGAUACACCUGUUAAUGUACAAAGACUUUGUGUAAAGGCAGCUCAUCCGCUAAGUGAAUGCGUUUUGAAUAAAAUUGAAAACGCAUUCAACGUGAAUCUACAAGAUUUAAGAACAGCUGCUGUAUGUGUUUAUCCAUAUCAAGUUAAAACAUGUGCAGAAACUUUUAAGAAAUUAAAAUUACCAAAUUUUAAUAUUGCUUCUGUUGCUACUGGUUUUCCUACUGGACAGUAUCCCUUAGAAACUCGGCUAUUGGAAAUUAAAUCAGCUAUAAAUGAUGGAGCAAAUGAAAUUGAUGUGGUAAUAAAUAGAACAUUAGCUUUACAAGGUGAUUGGGAAGGAGUUUAUAAUGAAGUAUGUGCAAUGCGUAAAGCUUGUGGUGAUCAAGCGCACUUAAAGACUAUUCUUGCUACUGGUGAAUUAAGCAGUUAUGAUAAUGUUUAUAAGGCUUCAAUGGUUUGUAUGUUAGCUGGAGCAGAUUUUAUUAAAACUUCUACUGGCAAAGAAACAGUCAAUGCAACACUCCCAGUUUCAUUGGUUAUGGCUAGAGCUAUUCAAGAUUUCAAUGAGAUAUAUGGCAUCAAGGUUGGCUUCAAACCUGCUGGUGGUCUUCGUACAGCUAAAGAUGCUAUCGAUUAUCUUCAAUUAAUCGAUAAUGUUCUCGGUUCUGAUUGGAUAAAUCCAGAUUAUUUACGAUUUGGAGCUAGUUCAUUAUUGGCCAAUAUUGAAACUCGAUUAUACAGUCUAUGCCAUAAUGGUUUAAUACCAUUACCUGGUGAAUUAGAUUUUUUCUAAUUUUUGUUUACCUCUUCUUUUUUCCUCGUUUUCUUUCAAUUUAUUCAAUUUGAUUAUUUUUGAUGAUUAUGUUUGCUUUAUUUUCUUUGCUGCUGCUGCUGCUGUUGUUGUUGUUGUUGUUGAAAAAAAAGUCGUUUCUAUCAAUAUAUUUUUUUAUUCUGAUAAACCAAACGCUAUUUAUAUUUUGUACACAUUUCGUUUUGAUUGCAAAAAGAAUACAAAGAGGUGUGGCGACAGGAGUAGAGAGGAAAGCGAAACGAAAAAAAUACAACAACAAUAACAACAACAGCAACUGUAUGUUUAGUUAAUCGUUUCUUUUUGUUUAACAAAAAAAAAAGAAAUAAAUGACAAGGGGUUUCUAUUUACGCUUAUUCUCAUUGGUUCCUUGUCGUUUUUCACUGAAUCUCUCUGACACUUCUUUUUAGGUCUGUGUGUAUCACACAUCGAAAUAUAUAUAUAUAUAUAUAUAUAU